UACCGAAGCAGUCCUUUAUGGUAGUCCAAAAAAGUUACGCUUAAAGAAAGCUCUACAUCAGAGUAUAGUAAAUCAAUAAUUUCUAUAUGUAAAUAUUGAAUAAAAAUGAGUGAAAACAUCAAGGCUGUCGUUCGUUGUCGGCCAAUGAAUCGAAAUGAAAUUGAAAGUAAAUUUGAAAACAUUGUGGAUAUUAAAGACUACUCGGUUUCGGUGCUAAAUCCAUUGGCACGUCUUGCUCAAAAAAAAGUAUUCACAUUUGAUAGUGUUUAUAAUAUGAAUUCAAAAACGGAAGCCAUUUAUAAUGAAAUGUGCUAUUCACUAGUGGAGAGUACUAUUGAAGGAUAUAACGGAACGAUUUUUGCAUAUGGCCAGACAGGUUGUGGCAAAACACACACAAUGCAGGGUACUGGAAAUAUGGAGAAUACAAUGAGGGAUGGAAUCAUACCAAAAUGUUUUGAUCAUAUAUUUGAAGCAAUAUCCAUGGCAACCAAUGUUAGAUACUUGGCGUUUGUAAGUUAUUUCGAAAUUUACAACGAGAAUAUUCGUGACUUGCUUGUGACGGCAAGCGAUGGUUGUGUGGUUAAUCAUCCGCUUAAAGAUAUACCGGGCAUCGGAGUUACAGUACCAACAUUAAGUUCCCAGCCUGUUAUUAAUGCAAUGCAAUGCUAUCGCUGGUUAAAUGUAGGCAACCAAAAUUGCAUAACGGCAGCGACAUUAAUGAAUGAAAAUAGCUCACGAUCACAUACAAUAUUUACCAUUACUUUGGAGCAAUCACACAAUUUUACUAAAAAUAUUACAUCAGAAGAUGCAGAUCUUGAUCCUGAGAUCCUGCGAGCAGGAAUACGGCGAGGAAAAUUAAAUCUGGUGGACUUGGCCGGUUCGGAAAGGCAGGGCAAGACGGGAGCUCAGGGAGAACGCCUUAGAGAAGCAACUAAAAUUAAUUUAUCACUUUCGGCUUUAGGAAAUGUUAUAUCAUCGUUGGUUAAUGGAAAAACCAAAUAUGUGCCAUUUAGGGAUUCGAAACUUACACGUCUUCUACAGGAUUCCUUGGGAGGAAAUACAAAAACCCUUAUGAUAUCAUGCAUCUCUCCAUCAAGCAUAAAUUAUGAUGAAACAAUAACGACACUGCGCUAUGCGAGUAGAGCUAAGAAAAUUGCAAAUAAACCGACAAUUAACGAAGAUCCCAAAGAUGCCAAGAUACGACAGUAUCAAAAUGAAAUACUAUAUUUAAAAAAAAAGCUGGAAGAAAAGCAACAAAAUAUUGAUAACAGAACUGAUGAGAAGUUAGGUAUAAGGAUUUCAAAUAAUGCUAAGAAAGACCAAGAAGCCGCUGAAACUACCAUUGCUGAAGCGAUGAACUUAAAGUCAAUCUUACUUGAUCAAUCAAAAGAAGAGGAGAUACAAUUUCAAGCACAAAAUCGCAUUGAUCUUAUUAAACGAAGUUUAAUUGGAGGUGAGCGUGUUGGUGAUUUAAAACUUAAGGAACAGCAUAAAGCCCGUAGAAUUGCUGCUCAACGUCAUUUAAAUGCAGUGGCAAAUGCCCUAAACCGUGUGAAUUAUGAGGAUCGCGACCUUUUACAAGGUCAUUAUGCUAAUAUUGCCCAAGAGAUAAAUAUUAAAAAUGAAUACAUUCAAAAUUUACAACAAAAAAUUAAAAUGCUUGAAAUGGAAGUUUCGGAUUUGAAUUCAGAGUUUCAGCUUGAUCGUGAGGAUUAUUUGGAUGAAAUAAGAAAUCUUGGACGUUGCAUUAAGUUUUACCAACAAUUAGUUUACAAAUUUGGUUCAAUUUUACGUAAAAAUUAUAAAAACUGGUCUCCGGAUAUUGUAAUGGAGCAUUCAACAUGGAAUGAUGACCUGAAAACUUGGAAAAUUCCUGACAACUGUUUGUUAAAACUUCCACCGACUAAUAUUAAUUCCGAUAAUCAUCGAAUAUAUAGUUCGGCAGGAAUUAAGAACAGUUCAACAAACUUCAAGAAUGAUGAAAAGAUGAUUUUUGAACAUGAUAACCUUAACCUAUCAAAAGAAAAGUAUAACGUCGAUGUUCUCAAAAACUACUUUCGCACAUCUCGUCCAAACAAUAAUAAGGAACAAUUCCGAAAAAAUCCCAACUGCAUCAAAUCAAAUAUUAAACAACAUAAUGGUCUUAUGAUACUGUAAUGCCGCAAAAUUACCCAGCGGUAGGCCACUGUCUAUUGUUGGAUCUGCGACACUAUCACCCACCCUAGCUGUGCCGAUCUUGGGCAGGCCAACUCA